AUGCCUCCAUACAAGCUUACUAAUGCAGACCAUUACGACAAAAUAGUAUGUGCUGAAAUUCCAAACCCAAUAAGGUAUCCUAAAAUGCACGAAUUGGUCAUCUCACACAUGAUACAUGGUCCUUGCGGUAGCUUAAACUCUGAUUGUCCUUGUAUGAAUAAUGAGCAAAAGAAAUGUCGUUUUAGAUACCCUCGACAAUUCAAUGAAACAACGUUACAAGGAAAGGACUCAUAUCCUGUGUACCGAAGAAGAGAUAAUGGUAUAGAGGUGGACAUACGAGGCAAUAAGAUGGAUAACAGAUGGGUUGUCCCGUAUAACCCAAAGUUGUUAAUGAUGUUUAACUGCCACAUGAAUGUUGAAGUCUGCUCGAGUAUAACCUCUGUGAAAUAUGUGUUUAAGUAUAUUUACAAGGGCCAUGACAAACAAGUUAUCAAUAUUGAUCCGGAUGGACAACCAGUCGUUAUCAAUGAGAUAAAACGGUAUCAGGAUGCACGAUAUGUCUCACCUCCUGAGGCAAUAUGGAGGAUUUUUAGCUUCCCCCUUUCUCAGAUAUACCCUUGUGUGAUGGCUUUGUAG